GGAAGGGAAACUACUGGACCUUAGAUCCCAACUGUGAGAAGAUGUUCGACAAUGGGAACUUCCGUCGCAAGCGCAAGCGGCGCUCUGAGCCCAACGCCCCCGCGACUGCAUCUGCGGCCUCCUCUCUGGGGGGCCUGAAGGCCGAGGAAGAGCGACCCAUACCAGCUGCGGGCAAACCCUGUGGAAACAGCCCACCCCCAGAGCUGGACCCCUCGCCUUCUGCCAGGGACCAUCCAAAAAGCUCCUCUCCCUCCGGUAUCAUUUCAUCCACCCCUAGCUGCCUCAGCACCUUCUUCAGUGGCAUGAGCUCCCUGAGCAGCGGAGGCAGCCGGCUGACAGGGGGUCUCGGCAGUGACCUGCAUCACAGGAACUUCUCUGCUGGACAGCUGAGCAGUGGCACUUUCACCCCUUCCAGCAGCUCUUCUCAGGAGGUGCCUUCACCAGACCAGCUGCAGCGGGUUGCAGGACCUUCCCCUGCCUACUACAGCUCCUUCCAUCCCAGCAGCAGCAGCCAGGGAGCCCAGUACAACCACUACUACAACUUCACGGUUAACAGCCUCAUCUACACCCGGGAUGGAACAGAGGUGUAG